CUUUGUUGAUUGGGCUUUAGCGAGCUGUACUGGAGCCAAUCAGAGGGGAACCGGACAGCGGAGACACGAGAAAAGGGCUGUGACAAUAACAAGCCAUGGAGCAGUACACCACUGCCACCACCACCACUGGGGAGCAGAUAGUUGUGCAGACCAGCAAUGGGCAGAUCCAGCAGCAGACACAGGGCACAGUGACGGCUGUGCAGCUGCAGACAGAGGCGCCGGUGGUGACGGCCUCAGGCCAGCAGGUGCAGACACUCCAGGUAGUCCAGGGGCAGCCUCUCAUGGUCCAGGUGAGCGGCGGUCAGCUCAUCACAUCAUCAGGACAACCCAUCAUGGUGCAGGCCAUGUCAGGGGGUCAGGGGCAAACCAUAAUGCAGGUCCCUGUGUCUGGAGCUCAGGGACUUCAGCAGAUCCAGCUGGUGCAGCCGGGUCAGAUCCAGCUGCAGAAUGGUCAGACUAUCCAGAUCGGGGGUCAGCAGGGUCAGCCUCAGCAGAUCAUCAUCCAGCAGCCCCAGCAAGCCCUCACAGCUGGACAGAACCAGGGGCAGCAGAUCAGCCUCCAGGGCCAGCAGCUGGCACAGACAGCCGACGGGCAGACCAUCGUCUACCAGCCCGUCAAUGCAGAUGGCACUGUCCUGCAGCAGGGAAUGAUCACAAUUCCAGCAUCCAGCUUGGCUGGUGCCCAGAUUGUUCAGGCGGGGGGUGCCAACACCAACACCACGAACAGCGGCCAAGGCACUGUGACCGUCACCCUGCCCGUUUCUGGCAACAUGGUCAAUUCAGGUGGAAUGGUCAUGGUAAGACCCUCUGCAGAGAUGGUCCCUGGAGGUGGUGGAGUUUCCACAAUGCAGCGUAUCCCCCUGCCAGGGGCGGAGAUGCUGGAGGAGGAGCCUCUCUACGUCAAUGCCAAACAGUACCAUCGAAUCCUGAAGCGACGACAGGCCCGGGCCAAGCUGGAGGCGGAGGGCAAGAUCCCCAAAGAAAGGAGGAAAUACCUGCACGAGUCUCGCCACCGUCACGCUAUGCAGCGCAAGCGAGGGGAUGGAGGACGAUUCUUCUCCCCCAAGGAAAAGGAGGAAAUGGCGUUGGCCCUAGCACAGCAGCAGCAGCAGCAAGAGGCAGCCCAGGCGGCGGCAGAUGAGACGGUGGCUCAGAUGAUCCGGGUCUCUUAGCAAACAUCUUCUGCCUGAGAACUUUACCCUGCCUGAGACUCUUCAUCCCAGCCAAACCAUCUGCCACACCUUCUCCUCUCAUUUUUCUCCCCCAUCGGCCCCAUCGUACUACAACAGCUCUGCAGCUCCGUUACUGGGUUUCUUCUGUUCUCUCUCUACUUCUACACUGGUCUUCCAGGAAGCUGGCCAUGUGGCUGCUGAGCCCCUGAACUGGUCUUCUUUUCUGAAACAGAGGAGGAUUUCAUGCUCAGCUUUACUGGUCAAGCACUUAGGACCAGCUUUUUCACGAGGAUUUGUCGGACAGUAAUGAAAAAUAGUUUGGGGUAACCAGUGUUCGGUCACACAGAUGAAAAGGAAAGCUGUGAAGCCAUACUCUGUCAGACCCUGGUCUGGUAAAAAAUAUGAGAAUUUGUAACUUGUGGAUUCUUGUUGCUUUAAAUAUUUUUUUGUAAAUGGUACAGAUUUUUUUUUCAGAGACACUAGUUGAGCCUCGAUGCUGCUCUCGUGUCCAUUAUUAUGUGAUGCCCCGUUUUUUUGACAUUUCAAUUUUUUUCAACCCCUGUGCUGUGGGGGGUGGACUCAGCAUCUCAAGAACAACCUGCAUCUGAUGCGCAAGAAACAGAAAUGUUUAACUAAUGUGAAGAUGUUGUACAGAAAUUAUUUUCUUCCCCAGUGUGUGCUUUGGAUGUACUCACUAAUAUGCCCAAUUCUGUGGAUGCAUUUUAUACGAUUUGUGGUCAGACUUUUUGUGUUUGUUGGAAAAAAAAUGUCUAUGUUGCAUCACAUUACGUAUUCUAUCAAUAUGGUUACUUCAUUGUGCAGUCCACCUAAGUGUUUGUUUUUUUCAUUGUAGAUAAUAGAUUUUUUUACCCAGCAGAUGCAGUUGUGCGAUGUUAUUUUUUUUUUUAUGAUGAAAAAAGGUUGGACAUUGAAUUCAUGAAACCUGUCAAUUAAAUUUUAUUAAGUGA